CUCACUAAGUGCGGGCUCAUUAUCCUACAGCUACACAUUUCAUUGUUUCAGAUAUGGAAACAACUACUGAACAACAGGUGACAGGACUUAGUACUGAUACUGUCGCUUUCAGGGAUGCACAUGGUGAAAUUGGCGCGACACCAUGCGCAUAUACCCAGGUCCUCAUCGACCCAUUAUGCUCGCAAGAAAGGCCACCUUCAGAGGACUACCAGUUGGCUGAAGAGUCGCUUGUAUCGCAGCUACCUCCUGACCUUUCUCCUCCACUACUACAGUCGAGUGACCUGAAGGAUUCCGAACAUAAUAUAGAACCCGUGUCAAAUACAUCAGCAAUGUCCGGAAUUACCGCCAACGAAGGGAUUCUUCAAACAGAUAAAACCAUCAAUGCAUCUCUCUCUCCUCUUAUAUCACGGAGAGGUACUCCGCAUGUUGAAUUGAACAGCACGAGCGACCUACAGAUGAUUCGCUUCCAGUAUAGUGUUGGGACAGUUCAACCACCUCGCCUUCAGUCACGCGAAGUAGAUGACGAAGCGCCGUCGAACACCUCACCGGACAACGCACGGUCGUAUUCUUUGCCUCCCAGCUCCAGCCCUCCCCAUAUUUUUUCUUCGUCCCCGUUCGCAUCAUCUCAGUCGUCGCUCAUCGAAAUUGGAGAUUACAAAGUUGCAGACAGGGCUAUGAGAAUGGAAUCAGACGAUCAGGAUCUCAUCAGUUCUCCGGACGGUGUUUACCCAGAUACCUUAGAGGAAGCAUAUAACGAUCAUGAUGAUACUGACACAUAUCAACAGCGACAAAUGCAUGAGCCCCACGAUCUCGCCAUCCAUGGCGGAAGCCCAAAAACUAACGAGGGCGCCUCCAACAUUCAGGAAGUUAAACCAUUGCCGCAGAAGCGAUCCAGACCGGAAAGAGAGGUGGGGUAGAGUGCUCGGUCGGUUUUAACGGCUUAAAAAUAUAUGCUUAGAUUGGUGUCCUUGGUCUGCGUGACAAGAACCUAUCACAAAGCCCAGAUGAUACGCGGUUGGCUAAACGCAUGAAAACACACGAUGGUAGAGGACAUCUGCCACCAGCUCCAAAGCGCGCCACCUUGGC